CCUCCGCGUGACUAAGGGCAUUUGGUUUAAAGGCGCCGCGGCCCUGGAACGAAGUAUGUGACUUGGGCGAGUGUCCGUCCAGACAAGAAGAGAUCUCACCCCUCCGCCUGUCUGCUCGUGCAGCCGUCGCACGUGAGACCCGAGGCUCACGCCAGCCGCGUGUCUCAUUCCCGGGCGGGGCCCGGCUCCUGGCGGCAAGGUCCCUUACUCCCAGCCAGGUGGGCCUGUAAUCUGUGGAAAGCAACACGACGGCGCGAGCACGGCCCCUUUAAGGUGGAGGGAUUGGGCCUCGGGCAGCGCGCGCCUUCCAGGCCCAGGGGUCACGUGGCUUCACACGUCUGAUUGGCGCGAGAGCCCGAGUCCCGGGUUUCGUGCGCCUGGGCUUCGAACCUCGCGGUGUCCCGGCUUUGAGGUGGGUCCGGGCGCGGGCGGAAGAGAGCCUGGAAGGUGGCGCGGUGUGGAGUUUCGUAGGCUUGCUGUUGUGACCCGGUGAGACGCAUGCAUGUGGACCCGGCGUCGUGGUGCCGGCAUUUUCCUCCGCCGUCAGGAAGAAGAAACAGGAAGGAUAAAAGAUUGCUGGGACAAUCAGGAAGCGCCUGCACUCUCCACGUGUAGCAAUGCCAGUAUCUUUCGAAGGAUAAAUGCCAUAUUGGACAAUUCUUUGGAUUUCAGUAGAGUCUGCACUACACCAGUAAAUCGAGGAAUGCAUGAUCAUUUACCAGCAGACUUCCAGGACUCUGAAGAAACAGUUACAAGCAAGAUGCUUUUCCCCACCUCUGCGCAAGAAUCUUCCCGUGGCCUCCCAGAUGCAAAUGACUUGUGCCUUGGCCUGCAGUCCCUCAGUCUAACAGGCUGGGACCGACCCUGGAGCACCCAGGACUCAGACUCCUCAGCCCAGAGCAGCACACAUUCAGAUGAAGGCACAGUUCCUACAGCCUGCACUUGUCCACUUCAAUGCCCCAGACAUGCAUGGACCCUGUGGGCCAGCCAUCGCUUCUUGAUACUGAGCAUGCUCCAUAACCCACUGGGAAAUGUCCUAGGAAAAACCCCCUUGAGCUUUCUGCCUCUGGAUCCCCUUGGGUCUGACUUGGACAAGUUUCCAGCACCCUCAGUUAGAGGAUCCCGAUUGGACACCCGGCCCAUCCUGGAUUCCCGUUCUAGCAGCCCCUCUGACUCAGACACAAGCGGCUUCAGUUCUGGAUCAGAUCAUCUCUCAGAUUUGAUUUCAAGCCUCCGCAUUUCUCCUCCUCUGCCCUUCCUGUCUCUGACAGGGGGUGGUCCCAGAGACCCCUUAAAGAUAGGAGUUGGGUCUCGCAUGGACCAAGAGCAAGCUGCUCUCGCUGCAGUCACACCUUCCCCAACCAGUGCUUCAAAGAGAUGGCCAGGAGCUUCAGUGUGGCCAUCCUGGGACCUCUUUGAAGCUCCCAAGGAUCCCUUCAGCAUAGAGAGAGAGGCCAGGCUGCACCGGCAAGCUGCAGCUGUGAACGAAGCCACCUGUACCUGGAGUGGCCAGCUUCCUCCCCGAAACUAUAAGAAUCCCAUCUACUCUUGCAAGGUGUUCUUAGGAGGUGUUCCUUGGGAUAUUACAGAAGCUGGAUUGGUUAACACCUUCCGUGUUUUUGGUUCUCUGAGUGUGGAGUGGCCUGGUAAGGAUGGCAAGCACCCCCGGUGUCCUCCCAAAGGUAAUAUGCCUAAAGGGUAUGUAUAUCUGGUCUUCGAACUUGAAAAGUCUGUCCGGGCCUUGCUUCAGGCUUGCUCUCAUGACCCACUGAGCCCAGAUGGUCUGAGUGAAUACUAUUUCAAGAUGUCUAGCCGAAGGAUGCGCUGCAAGGAGGUGCAGGUGAUCCCCUGGGUCUUGGCUGACAGCAACUUUGUCCGGAGCCCAUCUCAGAGGCUGGACCCCAGUAGGACAGUGUUUGUUGGUGCACUGCAUGGGAUGCUCAAUGCCGAGGCCCUGGCUGCCAUCUUGAACGACCUAUUUGGUGGAGUGGUGUAUGCUGGGAUUGACACAGAUAAGCACAAGUAUCCCAUUGGAUCUGGCCGAGUUACUUUUAAUAAUCAACGUAGUUACCUGAAAGCAGUUAGUGCUGCUUUUGUGGAGAUCAAAACUACCAAGUUCACCAAGAAGGUUCAAAUUGACCCCUACCUGGAAGAUUCUCUGUGUCACAUCUGCAGUUCUCAGCCUGGCCCCUUCUUCUGUCGAGAUCAGGUCUGCUUCAAGUACUUCUGCCGGAGCUGCUGGCACUGGCGGCACAGCAUGGAAGGCCUGCGCCACCACAGCCCCCUGAUGCGGAACCAGAAGAACCGAGAUUCCAGCUAGAGGAGCAAGCAGUGUGCCCAGUGGCUGGUGGUGCCCAAGGCUGGCUGGUCAGGCAGCAGCCUGCACCGCUACCCUGGCAUUGGCAACCAGGGAGCUGGCUUCCCGAGGACAAGGGAAAAUCGUAGUCACCUUUGCACUUGCUGAAUCUGUCUUUGUUUCUGCACUAAUUAAUGCACAAUGAGUUUUGUCGGGUUUUGUUUUCAGGGGGUGUGCCAGGGCAAGGACCCUGUGGCUCACUCACCCUCCAAGCAACUCUGUAGUUUUCCCAGAUUUUAGUUCCUCAUUUUGCAGAUGAAAAGCAAAAAAAGAACUAUGUGUCCAGGAGGUAUUGACACGAAUGCCUACAUCUAGGUUUAUUUAUUAAAGCGCUUUUUUACAUUCCUUGCAAUACUGAUGGUGAUGAUGUGCAGGUCUCAUUGGUUUCAUUCUUGCAGUUGCCAUACAGUGCCUUUCCAUUUAUUUAACCCCCACCUGAACGGCAUAAACUGAGUGUUCAGCUGGUGUUUUUUACUGUAAACAACAAGGAGACUUUGCUCUUCAUUUAAACCAAAAUCAUAUUUCAUAUUUUACGCUCGAGGGUUUUUACCGGUUCCUUUUUACACUCCUUAAAACAGUUUUUAAGUCGUUUGGAACAAGAGAUUUUUUUCUUUCCUGGCAGCUUUUAACAUUAUAGCAAAUUUGUGUCUGGGGGACUGCUGGUCACUGUUUCUCACAGUUGCGAAUCAAAGCAUUUGCAACCAAGAAAAAAGAAUUUGUUUUAUUUGAAACUAGACUGGAAAAAAGUUUGAGCGGCUGCUCUAUAUAGUUUUAAAUGGUUUAUUGCACCUUCUUAAGUUGCACUUAUGUGGGUGGGAGGGUUGAUAGAAGUUUUUAAUCACAAAGUCACAGGACUUUUUUCUUUUGUAACUGAGCUUAAAAAAAAAGGGCUGCUUUUUUUGGUGGGGGCAGAUGAAGGCUCACAGGAGCCCUUUCUCCUAGAGGGGCUAAGUACCCUUCCUUACAUCUUUCAUUUAAGGAAUGUAUGAAUCAACAGUUGCAGUUGACUGAAAUGCUACUGGAAUUUGAAAACUUGACUUUACUUUCCUUACAUUUUUUUUAAAUACUACUUGCCCCUCUUAGGGAAGCUGUGUGCCAAAGAACCAGUGUCAUAACCCCCCUCCUCCCUCCUGCUGAGCUGAUGUUGCAUUGUUGCAUAUCCCAGCUACUCUGUGGGUUUUGUGAAGCUGUGUGUGAAGUCUCUACCUCAUUGUAGUAUAUGCAGGCAAGACUGCACUCUCCUACAGAUGUGUGGAGUAAGCUGUGGUGUAGUUUUUUUGGCACAUAAUAAACACGUUGCAGCAGAGUUGUUGUUCUGUCUGUGUC